AUGAAGGCUUCAUUCGCCGCUGCUUCGAUCGCCUUGAGCGCAUCCCUGGCCGUUGCCUCCCCUGCCCUCGAGGCCAGAGCUACUAGCACUUCCUCCAAGGCUUCUGGCACUUCUUCGGGCAGUCUUCCUACCGUCACUGUCAAGGGUAACGCCUUCUUCGCUGGCAAUGACCGCUUCUACAUCCGUGGUGUCGACUACCAGCCCGGUGGCUCCUCGGACGCAAAGGACCCCCUCGCCGACGAGGCUGGCUGCCAGAGAGACAUCAAGUACUUCAAGCAGCUCGGCAUCAACACCAUCCGUGUCUACACUGUCGACAACACUGCCAGCCACGACACUUGCAUGAACGCCCUUGCCGCCGCUGGAAUCUACGUUGCUCUCGAUGUCAACACCCCCAAGUACUCCAUCAACCGUGCUUCACCCGCAGUCUCAUACAACGCUGUCUACCUUCAGAGUCUCUUCGCUACUAUCGACGCUUUCGCCAAGUACACCAACACCCUCCUCUUCUUCUCUGGCAACGAGGUCAUCAACGACGCCAACACCACCGACUGUGCUCCUUACAUCAAGGCUGUCACCCGUGAUCUCAAGCAGUAUCGCAACAACAGAGGCUACCGCGCCAUCCCUAUCGGUUACUCGGCUGCCGAUGUUGGUGACAACCGCUACGAGACCGCCCAGUACAUGAACUGUGGAACCGAUGACCAGCGCAGCGACUUCUUCGCUUUCAACGACUACUCGUGGUGCGAUCCCUCUUCCUACACCAUCUCCGGCUGGGACCAGAAGGUUGCCACCUACGGCAACUACAGUCUGCCCCUUUUCCUUUCCGAGUAUGGUUGCAACACCAACACUCGCAAGUUCGAGGAGGUCUCUGCUCUUUACAACUCAGAGAUGACCGGCGUUUACAGUGGUGGUCUCGUCUACGAAUACUCGGAGGAGGGCAGCGACUACGGUCUCGUCACCAUUUCCGGCGACACUGUUACCCCCAAGUCUGACUUCACCUACCUCCAAGCUGCCUUUGCCAACAACACUGCUCCCUCCGGCGACGGUGGUUACAAGUCUUCUGGCACUGCUUCGUCUUGCCCUCCCAACAGCGACACCUGGAACACCGGUGACUUCACUGGCGAGAACCUUCCCGCUAUGCCCAGCGACGCCAAGAAGUACAUGACUUCCGGUGCUGGCACCGGUCCCGGUCUUACUGGUGACGGUUCCCAGAACUCUGGCACUGACAACGUCGCCACUGCUUCUGCUGGAAGCGGCUCUGCUACCAUGACUGCUUCUGGCAGCUCCGCCACUGGUUCCGGUGCCUCUAGCUCAGCCUCCGCUACUGGUGCUGCCUCGCGCCUCAGCAUGGGCGAGACGUCCUUCGCUCCCCUGGUCAUGACCGGUCUCGUCGCCCUGUCCACUCUUUUGGGCGCCUCUCUUCUUUAG